AUGCAAAUUAACAUGCUAGAGGAUAAUGAGGAUGAUCAUUCUCAAACAUUUGCGUCCCCAAAAUCUAUCAAACUGCAUAUCAAAUCAGCGCCAAAGACUCAUCGCUACUGUAUUGUGUGCAAAAAAGAAGCAGGUCAUCGCCAUCGAUUGAUACAAGUCUCUUCAGAUGCCAGGACCCAAGUAUUUGUUGAAAAGGGAAUUUUCAUUUUACAGAAAAAUCGUUGUUGCAAAAAGCACAUGAAUGAUAAAUACUUCACAUCAGCAGCAUUGCAAGAACUGCAGUCAUCAAAGGAUUUUGAAUUCUUUUCACGCACAGAUAUACUGGAUCUUUUAAAUAAUCUUAGGCGAAAAAUGAAAUCAACAUCUUCCCAUUUGAACUUUGAUGUGUCAUCUCAGUUGACAGAAGAUAACUAUAAGGAUCUGACUGGGUUGACAAAAGAAAAUUUCAGUGAUAUGGUUCAGUAUUUGUCAACCGUGAGAAAUACUGGAAACAGAUCAGUCAGGACAUGCCUUGGCAUAUUUCUUAUGAAAUUGAGGGUUGGAUUGGCGAAUAAAAUUCUGGCCACAAUAUUUGGAUUAAAGACAACUCACAUUCAAAGAAUUAUACAUGCAGUAAGGAGAACGCUCAUGGAAACAUUUGUUCCGCACACAGUGGGUUUUCAACAUAUCAACCAUGAUGACAUGGCCACCAGUCACACCACUCCAAUAGCUCAGAAGUUGUUUACAACCCAGCCAGGCCAAGCUGUUGUAGUCCUUGACGGAACAUACAUCUUUAUUCAGAAGAGUCAAGACUAUCGAUUUCAGAGAAUGUCCUUUAGUAUGCACAAGCAUAGACCGUUGGUCAAACCCAUGGUCAUUGUUGGAACAGACGGAUAUAUAUUGUCAGUAUUAGGACCAUACUUCUCAGAUGGCCAUAACAAUGAUGCAGCUAUCACAAAGCAUGCCAUAACAAACAACGUGGAAAACAUGGCAUCUUGGUUUCAGAAAGAUGACAUCUUUCUGGUUGACAGAGGAUUUAAGGAUGCCGUGAAGUUUUUAGAGGACAGUGGUUACAUGGUAAAAAUGCCCAUCUGUCUCCCAAAAGGGUCGAAACAACUUUCCACCCAAGAUGCCAAUCUUACACGCCUAGUAACAAAAUGCCGAUGGGUUGUAGAGAGUACAAAUGCUAGGAUCAAACACUUUCGUUUUUUUGAUAAGAUUGUUCCCAACAGCAUGAUUCCAAGCAUUGGAGACCUUGUAAAAAUUAUUUGUGGAUUGCUGAACAAAUAUAAGGGGGCAUUAAUUCAACAGCCAGAGGAUGAUGAAGUGGCAAGAAAGAUGCUGGAACGGUCACUUAUGGAAAAUCCUUUGAAACUGUUUGUGGAAGAAAACAAUUUGGCUAGACGAAGAUCUGCAUAUAGAAAACUCGAUGGAGAAUCAUUACAGGACUUUCCUAGACUAUCUCUAGAUAUUUUGAGAUCCAUUACCCUAGGAGUCUAUCAAAUCAAGCAAGCACCAAACUAUGCACGUGAGCAUAUAUCGGAAGAAGGAAAUUUUGAUUUGUUGGUCUGCAAAGAGAAUGAAUCGCUACUGCAGGUUAAGAUCCAGUCAAGACAUACAAAGGCUGCAGUUCAUACUCUCUGGAUUGACUACUCUUGUGGAACAGAUCUCCCUAUUAAAGGCUGGUACUGCACUUGUAAAGUUGGAGCCAGAAUGGUCGGGUGCUGCGCUCAUGUAGCGAGUGUCUUAUGGUAUCUUGGCAUAGAGAGACACGACAAAGUUCUGAAACCAUCUCGAUUGUCCUCUACAACAGCAGUCUUCCAUUGUAGAGAACAUGAAACUUAA